AUGGCUUCGACCUACAAUUUGAAGUUCUUGGAAUAAGAACAUAAUGAUGUUAAGUUCCUCAAGAGAGAUGAUAUAGGAAUAGUCAUCUCCAGAGCUCUUAGUGAAACUUACUUGACUCAACCAAGUAAACCAAUAGAAUUCUUCGCAAAGUAUUUAUUGAAUCACUCCAAAACCUAAAAGAAAGCUUAAGCUGUAACGUUAAAUCAAAAUUUAUCAAUAUUUGCAUAGGAAAGAGAUAGACAAAAGCAAGUCAAAGAGCUAAGAUAAAGAAAUGAGUACUUUGUCAUGGCAAAGAAAGCAGAGGUAGAAGAGAAAGCCAAAGAGUAAAGAUAGCUGGAAAGUAAAAAAGGCAAAUUUUAUGAUCUUUUAAACAAGAGCCCUGAUCUUUCAGAUAAUUUAGAUGAAUUAGCAGACUUCUUGCACGAAUUCACAGGAGCAACUGGUGUUUAUAUUGGGAAGCUUAUACAGCCUAGAAAAUAAAUAUCUGAUGAUGAUGACGACAAGGCUCAUAUUGAUAGUGAAAAUCCAAAAGUGAUAUGGUACAUUCAUUCUUCAAAAGGUCAUGAUAUGUUGAGAGGGAAGAUUCUUAAACACGAUUAGGGUGUAACUCAUGCUGUAUUCAACCCUCCUAAAUAAGAAGAGGAUAACUAAGUAGAUGAUGAGGGUAAUCCAAUUCAGGCUAAACCAAAAUCUUUGGAUUUCUUGGAUCUAAAUCAUCACGUGUAUGUUAAAGAGGUAGUUCCAAGGCUUGGAUCGUAUCUCGCUAUUCCUUUAGUGUAUAACUCUUGCAUGUUCGAGGAUGCUCUUGAUAAUGCUGUUUCUGACUAUUUUGCAGUCUAAAAAGCUAAAGAGGAGCAAGACAAGGCUAGAAAUGAUUAUGAAGAAGAAUAAAGUAAAAUUAGAGAUGAAAAGGAAAAGAUCGGAGAAGCCUAUGAACCACCUGAAAAUAGGGAAUGGGAACAAAUAAAUCAAAGACCAUUUCAAACCUUUUAAGAGUCUUAUGUAGUUUGCCUUGAUACUCUUGGUCAAGACAGAGAAUUUACUAGAGAGUAAAGAGAAUUCGCAAUUUAAACAGUUAAUAACUUCAAACAAAUCUGGGAAAAUACAGAGUUUGAAAAUCUCACAAAGGAUAGAAACAGAAAGAUUAAGAUCAUGGAAAUUGACAAGGAAUUUAUUGAUUCGGAGAGCUAAAAGCUGAUUGAAGAGGAGGAAAAGCAUAUUGAAGAAAUCCUAUAGUCAUAUGCAGUUGAAGGCUAACAGCUUGAUGAAGAGUUAAAAGAUCUUUAUUAGAAGUCAACUAGAUUAAGUUUCAUUGCUAAACUAUUUAAAGAGAGAAUUGAGUGGUAAAAGAAUCUGAAGAGACUCUCAAAGUUUAAGGUCUUAAAGAUGCCAAGAGUGAUGCAAAGCAUAUUCUAUUUCCUUUAAUACCAGAGAGAGGAGAUAUGUGAAAAGGGAACUAACAAGUUUUUCUGGAAGAAAGCAAAAUCACUCAUUAAUGACCAGUUUUAUGAUAGACUAGUUAAUUACACAGUUCUUGGUUGCAAAGAAGACCAUCAACCAAGAUACACUACAUUGAAUUUCAUUGAAAAAAAUAUUGAAGGUAUUGUUCCAGAAGAUGUAGACCAUUAUAACAUGACUCUAGGCAAAUUGUUCAAAUGGCUUCAUUUGGCAAUUAGAACUAGAAAAGAUGAUAUUGUUAGAAGAAAAGCUUUGAAGAAAAGAGCAAGGGAACACAGAGAAGCUUUGAUAGAACAAGCAAGAAAAAGAGAAGAGCAGCAUGUUAAUGAUCUUAAGGACGCCAGAUAGAAAUUUUUGGAUGAUCACAGAGAUGAGAUUGAAGCUUUCAACAGAUAUCAAUAAGAGCUAUAAGAGAAAGGAGGAGUAGAAGAAUAAGAUGAGAAUGAAGAGGCUGAGAAAAAGCAAAUCCCACAACUUCCAGUUUUUAAUGAAGGUGACUGGGAAGCAUAAUGGUUACAUGAUAAUCCUGAGAUUAACAUUACUUAGCAAGUAGUCGAGGAGAAAGAUAAUGAUUGGUACAUGACCCAAGAAGAGGAGGAUAACCAUAUAUCUCAAUACUUCUUGCACAAGGAGAGCAGUGGAAUUAUGCCACCACCAAAGAAGAAUGAGCACCAAAGCUAAUCAUCAGGGUAUUGUGACAACUACGUUCAAGCCAAUAUAGUCAUUUUAUCAAAGGAAUAUGCAGUUGAUUUCCAUGAAUUCUGUAAGUUAAAUCCGAAGCCUUGCCCAGUCUUAGAAGUAAUUCCCGCAGGAUAAAUAUAAGCUUAACAAUUUUGUCCCAGUGGAAUGGAUAUUAGAUUUGAUCUUCCCAAAUACAAAGUAUUUAAACAUGGUAAAUUUGUUGAGGAAAGAACUCAGAUUGAAGAUUUAUGGCAAGAUGACUUCGUUACAUUUUUAAUUGGAUGCUCAUUUUCAUUUGAAUCUGCUUUGUAAGAAGCUGGACUUAAAAUUAGACAUAUUGAAGAAGGAAAGAAUGUGCCUAUGUUUAAAACUAACAUCAAAUGCCAAGAAUAUGGGAUAUUUAAUGGUAGUCUUGUUGUAUCAAUGAGACCAUUUAAAUAGAAUGAUGUUUAAAAAGCAGUAGAUAUUACAGAUUAAUAUCCUAGAGUACAUGGAGGUCCAAUUUAUUACGGAUUAGAAUUUGCUGAAUAACUUGGGAUUUAAGACUUAAAUAAACCAGACUAUGGUGAUUCUAUCACUUUAAACGAAGAUGAUAUUCCUGUCUUCUGGGCAUGUGGAGUCACUCCAUAGAAUGUAAUUAUGCAAUGUGAUAGUAUACCAUUAGUCAUUACUCAUUCACCUGGGUGCAUGCUUAUUACAGAUAUUCUCAAUGUAUCUCUCAUAAAUUGA